ACGUCACUCAAAACUGUUGCUUGGCGGCGUUACUUGGUGGUGUUGUCAAGCGGAGGAGCUGCUUACUGUUGCUGCAAUUAACAUUCCUACCUUGGAUGUGGAUCCAGUUUCAUCAAUUUACAAACACUGAGUGAGGGUGAUCAGGUGAGGGUGAUCAGGUGAGGGUGAUCAGGUGAGGGGUGAUCCAGCGAGGGUGCUCCGGCGAGGGGUGAUCCAGCGAGGGUGAUCCGGUGAGGGGGAACCAUUGAAAGGAGAAUGUUUCGCGUCCUGAGGCCCACUGGUAAUCAACCCCUCCCAGGAGCCAGGAGCCCAGCCCAGACCCCCCUCCUCUAGCUGGGACACCUCUCUGACCUCACCUCACCCCAGCUGCCUUUUAACUUCAUGAAGAACUCUGACGUUGGUGAUGUGAUGAAUAAAUUUGAAGUCCUUGGGAUCGUAGGUGAAGGUGCCUAUGGAGUGGUCCUGAAGUGCAGACACAAGGAGACCAAUGAGAUUGUGGCCAUUAAGAAGUUCAAGGACAGUGAAGAGAAUGAAGAGGUUAAGGAGACCACACUCCGGGAGCUGAAGAUGCUCCGAACGCUGAAGCAGGAGAAUAUCGUGGAGCUGAAGGAAGCCUUCCGCAGGAGGGGGAAACUCUACCUGGUGUUUGAGUAUGUAGAGAAGAACAUGCUGGAGCUGCUGGAGGAACUUCCUAACGGAGUUCCGUCUGAUAAAGUCAGGAACUACAUCUACCAGCUGAUCAAAGCUAUCCAUUGGUGUCAUAAGAACGACAUAGUGCACCGGGAUAUAAAGCCAGAGAACCUUCUUAUCAGUUCUGAUGACGUCCUCAAGCUAUGUGACUUUGGCUUCGCCCGUAAUCUCUCAGAGGGAAAUGAUGCCAACUACACAGAGUACGUGGCCACUAGAUGGUACCGCUCUCCAGAACUCCUGCUGGGGGCUCCGUAUGGUAAGGCAGUAGACAUGUGGUCAGUAGGCUGCAUUCUGGGGGAGCUGAGUGAUGGCCAGCCGUUGUUCCCAGGAGAGAGUGAGAUAGAUCAGCUCUUCACCAUCCAGAAAGUCCUGGGACCACUGCCUACUGAACAGAUGAAACUCUUCUACAAUAACCCUCGAUUCCACGGGCUACGGUUCCCAGCUGUGAACCACCCCACCACCCUGGAGAGGAAGUACCUGGGGUUCAUCAGUGGAGCCCUGCUGGACCUCAUGAAGAACCUGCUGUUGUUGAGUCCUACAGAGCGGUUUCUAACGGAGCAGAGUUUGGACCACCAUGCCUUCCAGACACCGCGACCAGUGGAGCGACCUGGACCUCCUACACCCACACCAGUCCGCUCCUCUAAGAGGAAGCCUCAUCACACGGACAACAGCGCCCCCACCAGGAGUCAUGGUGUUAAGGGUUCAGACCACCACCGCUCAGCUAGUAGAGACUGUUCCAGCCUGCCCCGUCAUGAAGACCUCCAACCUAGCAAUCACCCUAGCAACGACAGCUUCCUGAAUGGCAACAGCCUGAGCCCCACCCUCCGCCCCAAGACCUAUGCCACACCCCCCCAGCUCCUGAAUCGCUCAGCCUCCUGCUCCAAGGACCUAGCCAACAACAACCUGCCCCACCUCCUCAGCCCCAAAGAGACCAAGAACAAAGACUUUGACUUCACCUCCGGAGCCAAGGCCUCAGAUGGGCCGGGAGCCAAGUACCUCAAGUCCAACAGCCGCUCUCAGCAGAACCGCCAUAGCUUCGUAGAGGGAAAGACCAGCACCCUGAUGUCUGGAGACAAACACAGAGCCAGAGACCGAGACCGCCACAGCUACAUGGGGGAGCAUGGGUCCUCUAAGUCUACAGGAGGGUUAGGGUUAGCAGGAGGCUCCUAUAUAAACCUGUCUAAGAGCCACGGGGCCCUCAACGACGCCAAGUCAGUAGGGAACCUUAGCGACCCACGUUUCCAUGGUGACGAACUUCCAUCACGCUACUUCCCUACUUCCUGUCUGGACCUCAAUGCUCCUGGCAGCCCGGCGACCGGUCAUCAUCGUCACAGCCCUGCAGGCCGGCGCUCGGAGAGAGAGAGCAAUACGCUAGACUCCUCCUCCCGACGCACCUCCUCACGACACAAGAGCUCUGAGGAGGCCAAGUCCCCAGAGGGAGGAGACCCGGGAGGAGGAGGAGGAGGUGGAAGCCAUGGUCACUCCCUGUCCGCCCCUCAUGAGGCCUUCCCCUACGGCCUGGGCUACACAUCCCCCUUCUCCUCCCAGCAUAGACCUCACCGCCACUCCAUGUACGUGCGGCGGGAGCGUCAGAGGACCCACGGGGGGGGCAGUGAGGGGGGGCUGGCGGUGGGACAGGGGAUGUCCACCAGAGCCUCCAGCCUCCAGCUCCUCUCUCCCCAGCUGCAGCACCGCACCCUGCCCAGGCACUCUGAAGGAUCUUCUACAGAGGACAUUACCAGGCUACAGAGCAGUGAGGGUCCGGCACCCAGUGAGGCGACCCCCCACACCAGGCCACCUAUUAGGGACUCAACGAGGGACAACACCAACUCAUUUCACACUCAGAGACAGAAAACCACUGAGGUGGGGAUGUUCCAUGAGCAGCACCCAGAGGACGGAGUCUCUUCUAAAGAAAACCGCAUCAUCUACAGUGAGUCCAUGCCCAGGAGGGUUGGCAGCUUCUAUAGAGUGCCGUCCCCGCGGCCAGAUAACGGAGGUCAGGGCAGCAGGGGGACAGGAGGGGGGGCAGUGGACGGAAGCACCUUGACCAACCAUCCCAAACGCCAGCCAGCCUUUGACCCCUGGAUGCGCCCAGAGAUGGUGGUGAUGAACCAAUCAGAGCCGACCAAAGAAAAGGAGAAGCAGGGCUUCUUCAGAGCAAUAAAGAAGAAGAAGAACAAGUCCCAAACGAACCAACCAGAUCCAUCAAACGCUCAACCAGGAUGUCAUCAGGAGGUCCCAGGUGACGGGGCGGAUCACAUGGUCGCCCAGAAGUCCGCCCGGUCAUCGGGUCAUCAGAGCAGCCGCCACCGGAACCAGGAGCGGGACCAAUCACGGGAGAGAGACAGAGACCAAUCACGGGACAGAAACUGGCCAUCAGAAAAAAUGUCUGAUGCACACUGUCAGAGCCAGCCUCUCAAGUCUCUACGGAAGCUCCUUCACCUCUCCUCCUCCUCCACCACCUCCAAUCAAACGGCUCCAUCUGAUAUGCGCUUCCAGCCCAACUCCACCUCGACUAAAGCGGGUUUCAGUGAGGGUCCCAAUCGGAGCCACGCAGGCUCCAGCACCCCCCAGCUGAAGAGCAGGCAGGCCGCCUACCCCCUCCCUGGUCAGAUGGAGACCAGCUGGCACACCUCGGCCCUGGGCAGAGCUGAGGGAAACCCUUACUCCGAGCAACAUGGAGGGAGGGAGGGCAAGGGGGGCCAGAACGGACAUGGGUUCGGACGGCCCUCACGCUCACGCAUUCCAAAUCUCAAUGACCUGAAAGAGACUGCUCUGUAGAGAGCUGCUUUAACCUUGACCCCUGACCCCAGACCUCUCUCUGCUGCCCAGACCUCUCUCUGCUGCCCAGACCUCUCUCUGCUGCCCAGACCUCUCUCUGCUGCCCAGACUUCUCUCUGCUGCCCAGACCUCUCUCUGCUGCCCAGACCUCUC